UAAUCCAUAAAAUAUCAAUAUAUAAGGAAAAUUUGCUAAAAAGACCUUUUAAAAAUUCAAUUUUGGAAAAAAAAACCUUUUAAAGCAUUUUUUGUAAAAAAAAACGUACAAAUUUAAUUUUUUAUUACAAGAUGAAACCUAUUCUUAUUUUUCUGUGUAAUUUUUCUCAAUUCUAGCAUUGACCCUGCUAUCUUUCUUUAACCCCUUACUUCUAUUAAUUGCAUCACCACCUUUAUGCAUUUUAAAAACCAACGAAAAAUGGGAAUAAGUUUCAAUGCUUCAUUUUGCAAAAAAAAAAAAAAAAAAAAAAAAAAAAAAAAAUUGUGGUUUUUUUUUUUCAAAAAAUGUUUUAGAAGGUUUUUUUCUUUAACAUUAAACUUCUAAAAAGUUUUUUCUCACACAUUUUUCAAUAUGUAAUUUAAAUUUUCUAACAUCAUAUCCACACCUCUAUAUCUUUAAUCAUAACUCAACGCCCUUUCAUUUCCCCAACUAUUUUAGUAUUUUCUAAGCAAACUGUAUAUGGCUCUAGUCUAUACACGUUUCAUCAAUAUGCCAUCUCUUUGUGCCUCAUCGUCUUUGCUAAUAAUUGCAAUUCAAUGAAAGCAUUUAUGAAGCAAUUUCCAACUGCCUAACAAUGCCAAACAAGCUUAACUUCUUCUUUCCACAUCUACUCCUUUACAUAACACUUUUGACUACAUAACGGGUACUCCGUAUAACUUCGCUGUCAUCUAUCAAUAGAAAAGCUAAGUAAACUCAGGAUUAUGUGAGUGCACAAAACUUGCACCCUUUUUUUUAUCAAUUUGCGAAAGGUGAUGGAAAGAGCAAAUAACGGAGGUUUGGACGGAAUAAUGCACAAGAGUAAAGAGAAAGAAGGUUAUGCAAUUGGGUGGCUUGAGUUAGUUUUGAGGUGUUUAGCCUUUUUACUGACUCUUAUAGCUGCCAUUUUGUUAGGGAUUGACAAGCAGACUAAGAUUGUCCCUAUUAAAAUUUCCACCGAUCUUCCAGCUUUCAAUGUUCCCGUCACUGCUAAAUCUAGCUAUGUUUCUGCUUUUGUGUAUUUUGUUGUGGCGAACUCCAUUGCAUGUGCAUUCGCCGCACUGUCACUAGCUCUUGCGUUCAUGCGUAAGGGAGGAGGAAAAGGAAUUAUACGUUUGAUGAUCAUUGUUGUAGAUCUUAUGAUGAUAGCAUUGUUGUUUUCUGGCAUUGGAGCAACGGGAGCCGUUGGACUCAUAGGUUUUAAAGGUAACUCGCAUCUAAUGUGGAACAAAGUUUGCAAUGUGUAUGGGAAGUUCUGCCAUCAAGUUAUGGGCUCUCUUGCCUUAUCUUUGUUUGGAGCAAUAGCCUUUGUUUUGCUGGUAUCUCUCAGUGUUUCAAAGCUUUAUAAUAGAGCCUAAAUUGGAUUGUUUGGAUGUUCUUAAGACUUGAGCUUUACUCUUGUUUAGUUAAAGUCAAAACAGUGUUUCCGAAGUGAGUUUUUUCUGUACCAAA